ACUCUUUUUCUAUUCUACAUGACAUGUGAUUUCAUGCAUCGGGGCAAGAGAAUCUUGAGUAAUCGGUGUAGUAAUCGGAGUAAACACAACGGCAUAAGGCCCUUUUCAAAUGUCAACUAAACAAUAAUUAUGGAUGAUUAAGGCCAAGACUAGGAAUAUCAAGCAGUGCCAUGGGGCCAUCAUCACACAAUCCUGGUUUAUAUAUAGAUAGUCACAGAGAAGAGAACUUCUGUGUCUUUUGGAAUCACUGUCAUGGAGAGGAGAGGCCUCAGGCAGCAGCGAGCUCAGCCAACACGUACACAUCCAUUAACAAAUGAUCUCCGACUUCUAUCCGUCUAGGAUAUAAGUUUGAUCUGCUGCAAGCACAAGAAGUAGCUUACUUAGCUCGAUCUGCAACAUGGGCAAUUGCCUUUCUAGUAAAGGGUUUCGGCAGGUCGAACAAAUCGUAGAAGUGGCAACGACUGCCAGUGGCAUCAUGCAGUUCAAGGCACCCAUCACACCGCAAUGCAUCACCAAUGAAUUCCCAGGUCAUGCCAUCUUCCGGAGCAGUGACCCUUUCUCAGGCCCUCUUCUUCACAACGAAGAGCUUCAUCCUGGAGAAUUGUACUACUUGCUCCCACUUCAGUCAUUUAGGGGAUCCAUAUCGGCUACAUCUCGACCCAGCUACCGCAUUUCCCUCGAUCAUCAGGGAAUGAUGCCCGGAAAGGCAGACCCUGAGGUGCUUCCUAGAUACAACAGCGCUGGUGUGUGGAAGGUGAAGUUACUCAUAAGCCCUGAGCAGUUAACCGAGAUACUGUCUCAGGAGGCUCACACAGAGGCACUGAUCGAGAGCCUCCGAACUGUGGCCAAGUCUGGUCAUGUUGCUGGUAAUGGAGCAUCUUCCGUGGUAGAAUCCGAGUACUGCAGCCUCUCCCAGAGUUAAAUGGCGUCCUCCAUGUGUUAUGUUUGUUUUUAUGUUUGUUUACUCUUCUUCAUGUUGCGUUCCUCGAAGUAGCCCAUCUUUCACUAUGACUGCGGUGUAGGUAACAAAUGUAUCUACCAAAGUCACUACUUAGAAAAUAUCUCUGUGGAUAUUGGAUAAGUCUAGAGGACUCUCGCUCUUUCAUCGACCUACAUUGAAAAGCAUACCCAGCUGAAUCAUAGCCCGAUACUUAUAUUAUACUA